AGUCAGCCAAGCGCGCGCGUGUGCCACCGCUCGUCUUUUGCGCACGUGUGAGCGCGCGCGCGCGRGUGCGGCGAACUCUUGAACGGGAAAUAUGAGUUGAACGCUCGGCAGCAGCCGUAGGAUGCCUCUCCGCCUCCUCUUCUCCGCUCCGGCCGCUCCURCACCUGCCUCCGCGCACCAAGAUGACAUUUCCCCCCCACUGCGAAAAGACCAGAAGUCGCUCCCCGGCGCUGGAACCACCUCCUUUCUCCGGCUUCAACUCCGCGGCGUUAUGACCGAAGGAUCCCACCCGGACUGCGUCGUAGUUAAGGACACUUUUUUAUAUGAGGAGCGGGAGGAAAAAAAAAUGGAAGUUGACCGGUGCUUUUAUUAUUUAUUUAUUUUUUUCUUUUUCUCCCCCGUUUGAUGUGCUCCGGGACUACUGAGGUGCAGGAAGGGGGGGAGCGCAAGCUACAAGAUGAUUUGGUGGUGAGAGAGGUGGGGGGCGAAAAAAAAAAGUGAUCACUUACUGAGGAUAAAAGAAAACGGAGGGGGAAAAUGCAGUUUGAGACAUUGCGUCAGUUCUGUAGCUCGGUUUUAUCACAUUUCAACGGAGCUUUCUCUGCGCCUCAGAACAUCCUGCAGACGGAGCUUUUCGAGCAGGCGCUCAGCAGCAUCGGGGGAGAGUCAAAGGGGAAAAAGAAAAACUAUUGAGCAGGCUUUUAUGUCCGAGCCGACACACACCUUAUCUGAGAGGCAAAAGAAAAUGGUGCGCUUUGGUGGACACUCAUUUGAAGAGGACUUGGCAUGGUGUGAACCACAGGUUAAAGACUCGGGAGUUGAUACGUGCAGUAGCACUACCCUAAACGAGGAGCAUAGCCAUAGUGAGAAGCACCCGGUGACAUGGCAGCCAUCCAAAGAUGGGGAUCGCCUAAUUGGCCGGAUCUUGCUCAACAAGCGUAUGAAAGACGGAAGCGUGCCUCGAGAUUCAGGAGCUCUGCUUGGUCUGAAGGUGGUUGGAGGCAAGAUGACAGAAUCUGGAAGACUUUGUGCUUUUAUCACAAAAGUGAGGAAAGGAAGUCUUGCAGACACUGUUGGACACCUUAGACCAGGUGACCAGGUGCUGGAGUGGAAUGGGAGGCUUUUACAAGGAGCCACAUUUAAAGAAGUUUACAAUAUUAUAUUAGAAUCCAAGCCUGAGCCGCAAGUGGAGCUGGUGGUCUCCCGGCCUAUUGGAGAUAUUCCAAGAAUACCCGACAGCACACAUGGACAACUAGAAUCAAGUUCAAGCUCCUUUGAGUCUCAGAAGAUGGAUCGUCCAUCAAUCUCCAUCACGUCCCCCAUGAGUCCCAGCAUGCUGAGGGACGCCCCCCAGUAUCUGUCAGGACAGCUCUCAAGCCAAAGCCUUAGUAGAAGAACAACGCCUUUUGCCCCUAGGGUUCAGGUCAAACUAUGGUAUGACAAAGUGGGUCACCAGCUAAUAGUCACCAUCCUGGGCGCCAAAGAUUUGCCACCCAGGGAAGACGGGCGGCCCAGGAACCCUUAUGUCAAAAUCUACUUUCUCCCUGACAGAAGUUUGAAUUAUUGUUCCUCCAGUGACAAAAGCAAGAGGAGAACAAAAACAGUAAAGAAAUCCUUAGAGCCCAAAUGGAAUCAGACCUUUAUGUAUUCACCGGUCCACCGGCGGGAGUUUCGAGAGCGCAUGCUGGAGAUCACGUUGUGGGACCAAGCCAGAGUAAGGGAGGAGGAGAGUGAAUUCCUAGGAGAGAUCCUUAUUGAGCUGGAGACGGCUCUUUUAGAUGACGAACCUCACUGGUACAAGCUACAAACACACGACGUGUCAUCCAUCCCACUUCCACGUGCCUCCCCAAAUGCACAGCGCAGGCAGCUUCAUGGAGAGAGUCCAACACGGCGGCUGCAGAACAAGGGCUCAUAUUCACACAACUCAGGAUCCCAGAGGAUAAGUGACAGCGAGAUAUCAGACUAUGACUGUGAAGAUGGAGUAGGAGUUAUAACAGACUAUCGGCCAAAUGGAAGAGACUUCCAGAGCUCCACAUUGUCAGUUCCUGAGCAGGUUAUGUCGUCUAACCACUGCUCUCGAUCAGCUGAAAUAAACCGGGUGCGGUCGCGCUCUCCAAGUGUUCCUCCACCUUCCAGCCACAACCAUCGUGUGUACACACUCUGCAGAGAGGAAGCAGUAAGGUUACUGCGUUCCACUAGGAUGACGCGUGCCUAUUCAGAGGGUGCCUAUUCCUCCAACUUUGACUAUGAGAGGAACUAUGGAGCCAUGGAUAGACACGAGUUUCACAGCAGGUCCCGCUCUGCAGACCAGCGGCCCACUGUAGAGCGCCUCACAUCCCGCUCGCGCUCCUCUGAACGCCCCCACGACUCUUCUCUCAUGAGGUCGAUGCCGUCUCUGCCAUCUGGGAGGUCCGCACCCCCUUCACCUGCCAUGACGAGGGCACAUCCUCGUAGUGGAUCCGUCCAGACCAGUCCCACCAGUACUCCCAUGUCGAGUAGACGAGGGCGACAACUUCCACAGCUUCCACCUGCAGGAAAGGACAGAAGUAUGGACAUGGAGGAGAAGACCAGGCAGAUGAAACUAAAGAUGAACAAAUACAAGCACGGGGCAGGCUCUGACUCCAGGCUGGAACAGGACUACCACAAGCGAUCAGGCAGAGAUCCACGGGGCUCAGACAACUUGUCAGCCAAGUCGUCGGACAGUGAUGUAAGUGACGUGUCCGCUGUAUCGAGAACCAGCAGUGCCUCUAGGUUCAGCAGCACGAGCUACAUGUCUGUCCAGUCAGAAAGACCACAAGGAAGCCGAAAGAUCCGCCCGUUGCAAUCAAGAAGCCAUUCACAGGAGGGGGACGAGCAGUUAGGAGAGGUUCAGGAGGAAGAGGAGGUGGGAGGGGAGAGGGGGAAAGUGGCUAGAAUAGAAGGGAGAUUGCAGGGAGGGAACACAGAGUUGGGAGAGAAGGUAGACAGGGGCAAGGAGCAUCAGGAAGAUUUGGUGGAGGAAGAAGAGGAUUUGCACCAAAGGAGUAUCUCAGAGACUAACCUCAGGCAGAUGGGCUCGUCCGGUGGCGUGAACAUGACCAAGAGCACGAGCGUCAGCGGCGACAUGUGCAACCUGGAGAAGACGGACGGCAGUCAGUCAGACACAGCGGUUGGCACGGUAGGCACUGACGACAAGAAGAGGCGCUCCAGCAUCGGUGCCAAAAUGCAGGCCAUGGUCGGCAUGUCGCGCAAGAGUCGGAGCACCUCUCAGCUCAGCCAAACAGAAGCGGGAGGUAAGAAGUUGCGGAGUACCAUCCAGAGGAGUACGGAGACGGGCUUGGCGGUUGAGAUGAGGAGCAGGAUGACUCGGCAGGCCAGUCGGGAGUCCACAGAUGGCAGCAUGAACAGCUACAGCUCGGAGGGAAAUCUCAUCUUCCCCAGUGUGAGGCUCUCCUCAGAUGCUCAGUUUAGUGACUUCCUGGACGGACUCGGUCCCGCCCAACUUGUAGGACGUCAGACAUUGGCUACACCAUCGAUGGGGGACAUCCAGAUUGGUAUGGUGGAGAAAAAAGGAGCCCUGGAGGUGGAGGUCAUUAGAGCCCGUGGCCUUGUAGGAAAACCAGGUUCCAAGGCACUGCCAGCACCAUAUGUAAAAGUCUACCUUUUGGAAAACGGAGCCUGCAUAGCCAAAAAGAAAACUAAAGUAGCAAGAAAAACACUGGAUCCUCUUUACCAGCAGCAACUGCCGUUUGAGGAGAGUCCAGGAGGGAAAGUUUUACAAGUCAUCGUAUGGGGUGACUAUGGGCGUAUGGACCAUAAAUCCUUCAUGGGAGCAGUUCAGUUACUGUUAGAUGACCUGGACCUGUCCAACAUGGUGAUUGGCUGGUACAAGCUUUUUCCUCCUUCCUCUCUUGUGGACCCAACUCUGGCCCCACUGACAAGAAGAGCUUCCCAAUCUUCACUGGACAGUUUCUCUCGAUCAUAGCAGCGUGUGGACUGAUAGCAAUGGUGUAGCAGCCAGUGUUGCAGCAACAGGUCACGAGCCCCGGUUGCACUGCAUGCUUGAUGUUGUGUCUUCUGAGCCUGUUUCUCGGGGUACAAAUGUGAUCCUGUGUUUUAAGCAAAAACGUUGCGCACAUUGUGCACGUGGCAAAGUGUGUCGCAAAGCACCCAGUGGCAGGGAUUGCCAGGUGUAGUUGUCAUUUGGAGGGAGCCGGGAUGAACUCCUUAGCACGAGGAACACAUCAGUUCCAGGUUUCCUUCCAAUUCGAAGCCAUGGGGUCAGCACUGGGAACCACUGAAUGAGUUCUACAGAGGCCCUUUUCGAAUAAAAAAAAUCUACAUGUUGCUUUUUUAUGUUUUUUUUUUGUUUGUUUGUUUGUUCGUUCAUUUCUGUUGAUUUUAAUGUACCUGUAUUGUAAGGGGGUGACAGUGUUUCUAACCAGAUGCUUGGUCACACCAUGCCAACAGACCUAGCUAUGUAAAUGCAGCUUUGGAGACCACCACUUUGAGAGAGGUGUAUUUAUUAUACUCCUCCAAAAUGCAGGGGACAUGCAGUACAUGCUCAAAGUUUCUGAGCGGGUAAAUCAUUGAUCGAUCAGGGGCAAUACUGAAGUGGCCACUAUCAACACUCCAGAAUAUUCAGUAACAAUCCAAACCCCUUGAAAAAAAAGUACAAUCUUUAUUAGUAUUUCUUUGUUCAUAUAUUGUAUGAAAAUUAAAUGAGAAAAAAAGGAAAUAUUUUUCUUGUUUAGUUGAUUUGCAUGGGCACAAACGUAGCUGAAGAAAAAUAAAAAUAAAUUUAUUUUCUUGAGGCUGCAACUUGCAAAAAAAAGUACGAUAAAGAAAAACAAACAAAAUAGGUCAGCCAUUUUCAACAAUUUKUAUUAUUUUUAAAAAUAAAUUUCACUAGUGCAUGGUUUUCAAGGGGAGUGAAUGCAACAUCGUAAUGAAAAAAAGACAUUGUUUGUCAUUAUUUUCCAUUCAUCAGUCUGUSUUUUACAGACAGGCAGAUAGGGAAAAUUAAAAAAAUAAACUUUUGAGCUAAUUUAAGGAUAAAAAAAGCGACAAUGAAAAUAAAUGUUAUUCAUUGUAAAAGGCUGCUGCCUUAUAAAUAUGAACAUUAUGUGCAAAUUGUACYUUUCUCUUUCUCUUCCUUGUUCAAGGGUUCUUCUCACUGUAGUAUUCAUUGCUACCAUUGAUCAGUCCCCUAAUAAGUCCGGAUUUUAGGACCGUUGGUUGCUUUACAGUUCUGGAUUGUUUUAUUGCGUCUUUUCUUUUUGAUUUGAUUUGUUUUAACAAGCAUGUUGAAAGGGAUUUUUUCUGCAACAUGUCUUGGGCACACCUUACAGUAACUUAGCAUGUUUUGAUAAAGAUGAUAUUUGGAAUUUUUGCAGAUUCUUGUACAGUGCAUGGAAACUUUAUUACUUUUCUCCCUCACAAGAUAAUUUGAGCAGCAAAUUAGUCGUUGGUCUUCCACGACCAGUUAUUGAGGUUUAAAAAAACAUUCCACUCCCAAAUCAUAUUUUCUUUCAGGGUUUUGAGGAGAAAAAAAAAACAACAACAAAAAACAAGAAGAAAUAAGUUUUAUAUUAAUGAGGCUGGCAACAUAAGUAUGAUUUCAAGUGUAUUUUGUUUCAAUAUUGUUGACAAACAUGCAAAAAUAAUCUGUACUAGUACACCAAGACAUCUAUGCUGAAGCAAGAGGCAACAAACAUGCAAGAGAUGUUUGUUGCUUUGUUCAAUUUUACAGGCACUGUUAGUGACGAUGAGCAAAUCACAAGUUUAAACAAUACGGGAUAUUGCCACAGUAAUUUUUUUUGUGUGUUUUAAUGAAAAUGAAAUUAUGUUACUAUAUUUUUGUUAAUUUUAUUUAAAAGCCAAGACCACUUUAUUUUUUAUUUUCUAUUUUUAUUAAUUGAAAAAAAAAACUUCUCAUUUUUGGGAAGUAUGAGUCCUAUAACUGCAGUAUGUCUGAAUGAAAAAUGAACCGAGGCAUUAUUCCUUUUCCACAAGAGGAUCAACGUAUUUUAAAGGUCCAAAUCAAUCCUCUUUGUUGUAACAAAAUACAGUAUAUAUUUUCAGUUUACUUUUCACUGUACAUAUCUUUAGAUGUCAGAAUUUGAAUAAACAAACUACAAACAACUCAACAGGUUCAUAGACUCUUUUGGAAUGGGAAAAAUGCCUCAUGAUGACAAAGACAUAUGUUAUUUAUGCUUUUGAAUGCCUUUUUAAUUUAAUCUUUUUGGUGCAAUGUGUUAAUACCAAGGCUAUGUCUUGGUCAAGUAUGGUUGAGUACAGAGAUUUAUGUAAGUUAUUUUUCAAACUAAAAAUAAAAGAAAUUGAUAUUA